AUGGACCUGUACGAGUACUACAUCUACCAAAAUGCUGAUCAACGAACUAAAGACUGGUUUCUGGCGGGGUCACCCUUUCCAAUCGCUGGCAUCAUAAUCGCUUAUCUGGCCCUUGUAUACUACAUAGUACCAUGGUAUAUGCGGAAUCGGGAGGCCUAUCAGCUGAAAACGUUCAUGGGCUUCUACAACCUGUCCCAGGUUGUGUACUGUGUCUUCCUGGUAGCGAAUCUGGUGAAGGCUGGUUGGCGGCCGUACUACUUCUAUCGGUGCGUCGAGACCGACUACUCCGACGACCCGAAGGCGGUGCGCAUGGUCGAGACGACCUGGUACCUGAUGAUGAUCAAGCUGUUCGAGUUGCUCGAGACGGUCCUGUUCGUGCUGCGAAAGAAGCAGAAUCAGGUCACGGUGCUGCACGUCUAUCAUCAUAUCAGCACGUUUGUGAUAGCUUACAUCUACACCAAGUACAUCGGAGGCGGCAUGCUCACCUUCUCCAUCGUGGCGAACUGCAUCGUCCACAUCAUUAUGUACUCGUACUACUUUAUGUCCGCCUACGACGUGCCCAUCUUCAAGUUUCUGGUGGCAAAGUACAAAAAGUACAUCACCAAAAUUCAACUGAUCCAGUUCUGUCUGAUGAUGGCAAACAACUUGCUUGGCCUCAAUCCAAACUGCAACAUUUCGCGCCCCUUCCUGGCGAUGUACAUACCGAAUAUACUGAUCCUGACCUAUCUGUUUUACGACUUCUACCAGAAAGCGUACACCAAAUCCAAAGCCGCCAAAGCGAAGCAGUAAUUCACCGGUGGCGACCUUCAACAGGAACAGGAACCAGAAUGGUUGGUCAAUCAUACCAGGUCGACCGGGCUACAGACCUUGGCCGACAAGAUAGAUCGAUUUUUCGGCCACCGCGGUGCAUUUCUACCGUUACGAACGCGUGUUCCGGGAACGCU